UAAUCGUCAAACCCCACAAUCAUAAUAACAAACACACAGUAAAAAAGAUUUUGAAAAAUUAAACUUAGGCCCACACCAAAUUUUGCCAAUAUUAGUAGCAUCAUCAUUCAUCAAUGACAAAAAAGACCACCUCACCUCACAUAAAUUAAAAUAUUAUUGCAACUUCCCUUUAUAUUAAUCCCUUAAACCAAAAUCAAUUCUUCACAAUCAUCUCUCUCUCUCUCCUCUAUUUUAUCUCUCUAGAAUGGAGUUUUUAUCAUCAGUUUUUCCUGAGUUUACAGAGAUGGAGGCACCUGUUUUAUCAGCAAUAUUAACAGUAAUUAUAUCAGGAUUAUUAUUAUGGUAUUUUUAUGAGCCAUAUUGGAGUGUUAGAAAAGUGCCAGGUCAGCCACCAAUUCCAAUUCUAGGACAUCUCCCUUUGCUUGCCAAACAUGGCCCUGAUGUUUUCUCUGUUCUUGCCAACCAAUACGGUCCCAUUUUCAGGUUUCAUAUGGGGAGACAGCCACUAGUGAUUAUAGCUGAUGCAGAGUUAUGCAGAGAAGUUGGUAUAAAGAAAUUCAAAUACUUUUCCAACAGAAGCAUCCCUUCUCCCAUUGCAGCUUCUCCUCUUCAUCAAAAAGGCCUCUUCUUCACAAAGGACGGACAAUGGUCGGCUAUGCGAAACACGAUUCUAUCCGUUUAUCAGCCGUCUCAUCUUGCGAAAUUAAUUCCUACCAUGCAAGAAUUCAUUGAAUCCGCCACUUCGAAUCUCGACGCUAAAGAUUUCGUCUUUUCUGAUCUAUCACUUAAAUUAGCAACAGAUGUGAUUGGACAAGCUGCAUUCGGGGUCGAUUUCGGCCUCUCCAAGCCCAAUUCCGUCACUAAGUUAAACAACAAAAACGACGAAAAUCAAGUCCAGGAAUUCAUCAAGCAACAUAUUUACUCCACUACCCAACUCAAAAUGGAUUUAUCCGGCUCGUUUUCGAUCAUAUUAGGCCUCCUUAUUCCGAUCCUACAAGAACCCUUUCGACAGAUUCUCAAACGAAUACGUUUCACCAUGGACUGGAAAGUCGAACGAACAAACAAGAAUCUGACUAACAGGCUCGAUGAGAUCGUUCAGAAAAGAACGAAAGACAACGUUGGAUCGAAAGAUUUCUUGUCCCUUAUACUUCGAGCAAGAGAAAUGGAGACAGCUGCAAAGAACGUCUUCACAUCGGAUUACAUCAGCGCAGUCACUUACGAGCAUUUAUUGGCCGGAUCAGCAACUACUUCGUUUACGUUAUCUUGCAUCGUUUAUUUGGUAGCUUCCCAUUUAGAAGUCGAGCGGAAGGUUCUAGAAGAAAUCGACUCGUUUGGGCCCCACGGUCAAAUUCCCACAGCCAAUGAUCUUCAACACAAGUUUCCUUAUCUUGAUCAGGUAAUUAAAGAAGCAAUGAGGUUCUAUACAGUUUCACCUUUAGUUGCUAGAGAAACAUCAGCAGAAGUUAGUAUUGGAGGCUAUGUUCUCCCAAAGGGAACAUGGGUGUGGUGGGCUAUAGGUGUUCUAGCAAAAGAUCCGAAAAAUUUCCAAGAACCGGAGAAAUUCAGACCAGAAAGAUUCGAUCCAAACUGCGAAGAGGAAAAAAGAAGGCAUCCUUACGCAAACAUCCCGUUUGGCAUAGGGCCUCGUGCUUGCAUCGGACAGAAAUUCACCUUGCAAGAACUCAAACUUUCGAUGAUUCAUCUAUACAGAAAUUACGUAUUCCGCCACUCCCCACAGAUGGAGAACCCCUUGGAAUUCGACUACGGCAUUGUACUCAACUUCAGACAUGGCGUAAAGGUUCAAGCCAUCAAACGCCCAUGAAAAAAUAGAAGCACGUCUGUUAGAAUAAUAUAAUAUAAAUUCAUUUUGAUUUAGUUUAGCCUUAAUUAGGUGAUUUGAUUAGAUUCAAUCAAGUCUUAAUUAGUGAUUUGAUUAGUGAUUUGAUUAGAUUCAAUCAAGUCUUAAUUAGUGAUUUGAUUAGGGAUUUGAUUAGGUGUAAUUAGUUUCUUCCUUUAUUAUUUCUCUCUUGUGUGUAUAUAAAUGUACAAGCUCUCAUUGAUGAAAUACAAGACACAAUUCAUCUUUUUCA